ACACCGAGAUGUUCAUGAUCAUUCAGAAAGACUCUUCCGUCGGAGAAAGCGUUACAGAAGGGAUGAGCACGCCGCAUGAGAAAACUGCAAAACAGGUAAAAGCAGCGAUCAGUAAGAAGGUUCAGAGGCAGCAGAAGAAGCAGAGGAGGUGGUCCAGUGAGCAGAGUGGAGUCUCAGAGGUCUCAGCGGCUGGAGUCAAGCCCCCCCAUGGUAGGAGGUACACUCCCUUCCCCGUGACAGCGAGAGACAGAGAGAGGGGUACAGGGGAUGAAGAGGAGGAAGAGGAGGACCUGGAUGUGGAGGAAAAGGUGGCAGAAAUGAUGAAGACGGGUAGUCAGAAGCAGGAAGAGAAGGAGCCCAUAGACCUGCUGCCUAUAAUGGACCCAGCGUUCGGACCGGACAGGGACCUACGACCAGAGGAGAUUGAAGAGCUUCGCGAGGCGUUUGCGGAGUUUGAUAAGAAGAAGAAUGGCUACAUCAGCUAUAAGGACCUGGGAGAGUGCAUGAGGACCAUGGGCUACAUGCCCACAGAGAUGGAGCUCAUCGAGCUGGGCCAGUCCAUCUGUGGCGGCAAACUAGACUUUGAGGACUUUGUGGAGCUGAUGGGCCCAAAGAUGCUGGCAGAGACAGCAGACAUGAUCGGAGUGAAAGAACUGAGAGAUGCAUUCAAGGAGUUUGAUGCUAACGGUGAUGGUAAGAUCAGUAUAAUGGAGCUGAGGGAGGCCAUGAAGAAGCUGAUGGGAGAACAGCUGACCAACAGAGAGAUUGACGAGAUCCUCCGAGAUGUGGACCUCAACGGGGACGGACUGGUCGACUUUGAGGAAUUUGUUCGAAUGAUGUCACGCUGAGAUAAACAGAUGGAGUCAUUGUGUAACAACUGGAAAAGGGACCACUACAUUUGUAGUGAACAUUCUUGCACCGUUCUAAUGACUGAGCAUCGAUUUUAUAACGUUAUUGUUGUUAAGCAGCACUUAUAAUGUUAAUUUUGUUAAGCAGCACUUACAGUAAAUUGAGUGAACACCUAAGGUAGUUCUACAAAUCUUAUAACUCAAGCUGUGACAAACGUGCAUAAAGAUGGCAGAAUUCAGAUAUGACGUAAUUGUUUUAGCACUAUGCACUCGGUAGCGGUGCGUGGGUAAAAUCACUGGGGAAGCCAAGCCAGGAAAAAAAAGCCAUAUUACAACUUAUGUGUUGUGAUAAUUGCGUUGGUUGCUCUAUAACCUGUUUGUUAUAUGCCGUGCCACCUUGAUAUAUAGGCCUAAGGCCGGUGAAGUCCACAAAGUAUUUUGCAUGUAACAAACAGUUA